AUGAGGAAAGUCAUUGUAGUUGAUGGCACACAUUUACAAGGCAAAUACAAAGGUACUAUGUUGCUAGCAACUGCACAAGAUGGAAACUUUGGUAUAUUUCCAAUUGCUUUCGGUGUGGUGGAUUCUGAAAAUGAUGAAUCUUGGGAGUGGUGUUUUAAACAAUUAAGCCAUGUCAUACCGGAUGAUAGAGGACUUGCCAUCAUCUCAGACAGGCACAGAGCCAUUGGAAACGCCAUAGGGAAGGUGUAUCCUCUAGCAAGUCGUGGCAUUUGCACUUACCAUUUGUAUAAGAAUAUACUAGAAAGGUUUAGAGGGGGUGAAUCGUUCCGUCUUGUUAAAAGAGCGGCCAAUGCUUAUCGAGAAUACGAAUUUAAUGCAAUUUUUGAAGAGAUUCGGCAGGUCAAUCCAGCUCUCCACGGUUAUUUGCAAAAGGCUGAUGUAAGAUAUUGGACGCGGGUUUAUUUCAACGGCGAUAGGUACAACUUCAGAACAACAAAUAUAGCAGAGUCAAUCAACAAAGUUCUUUCAGAGGCUACAAGAUGGUUUGCAGAGCGGCGUACUGAUGCAACACUAAUGAAAACCGUCUUAACCUGCGGCAUUGAUAAGUUGCUUGAGGUAAAGUGUAAAGAUCUAUCAGUGCAGCAGAUUGAUUCCCAUCAAUUUGAAAUUGGUCAUGGAGCAUCUGUUAAUGUUGUGAAUUUGACCAUGAAGACAUGUACAUGUCGCAUGUUUGACUUGGACAAAAUACCUUGCGUACACGCCCUUGCGGCUGCGGAUGCAAAAAAGGUUUCGCCAAUUCGGUUAUGUCAUCAAUACUAUCACACGACCUACCUUACUAAUGCGUAUGCGGCAUCCAUUUGUCCAAAGGAUAGACAAUCACCCGUACCCGCAGAGGUUGAAUCAAAGAUAUGCGUACUGCCAAUGGUACGCCAACCUCCAGGAAGACCGAAGAAGUGCAUGUUUAAGUCUGCUACAGAAAUUGCUUUGACGAAGAAAGUUCCAAGGAAACUUCCAACAUGUUCAAAAUGUGGUCAAACAGGCCAUAACGUUAGGACGUGCACUUUCUAG